AUGCGCGCCUUUCAUCCCGCCGCUGGUCGCAUCCAGCGUGCCUCGUUGGCCAACCUGCCGCUCGUGCGACACCGCGCGCCACACCACUUGUUCGCGACCACCUUUGCGCGACACCUUGCGUCUCUAGCUACCGACGCCAAAAAAGACAGCAAUGCAUCUCUAGCACUACCCUCCACUGCUCGAUACAACGAAAUCGGCGUCCAGCAACUUAGCACACAUGUUUUCAACCAGAUAUUCCCCGACGGCGCCACUCCCCCGCCUCAAAAUCUCGUUGAAUUAUCCAAAGAUCAUCUCAAGCGCCAUGAACUCCUCGGCAAGAAUACCGACGACUCCGCUCCCAUCGCAUUCAAUCUCCCGGAGCUCCAAGGUCGCACACUCGACGAGCACUUCCAUAAGCUGGGUCUCGACUGCGCCGAACCCUACCUCACUCUAUCCAAGCAAUUCUCACGCGUCAAUGCGCCUCCCAAGCCUCGCAAAUGGGUCCGUCGCAGCGGCUGGACCAAGUACUACCCCGACGGCCGCACUCAACAGGUUGAUACACCCGACGAGUCCGCCCUGUGUUUUGACACCGAAGUUAUGUGGAAGGAGAGCCCAUAUGCUGUCAUGGCUUGUGCUGUAGGUCCCACAGCCUGGUAUGCUUGGCUAUCUCCGUGGCUGCUAGGCGAGACCAAGAAUGAUAAACAUCUCAUUCCCCUUGGCGAUCCCGCCAAAGAAAGACUCAUCGUCGGUCACAACGUUGGCUUCGAUCGCGCCCGUAUCCUCGAAGAGUACAACAUCAAGCAGACUAGGAAUUUCUUCAUGGACACAAUGUCACUACACGUUGCCGUCAAUGGCAUGUGCUCGCAGCAGCGUCCAACUUGGAUGAAGCACAAGAAGAAUCGAGAGCUUCGUGAACGAGUCGCAAGCCAGACUCCCGACAACGAGCUCGCGGAGCUCUUGAGCAACAGGAGCAUGCAUGAAGAGGAAGAGCUCUGGGUCGAGCGUAGCUCAGUCAACUCUCUGCGAGAUGUAGCCAAGUUUCAUCUCAACGUCACUAUUGACAAGGCUGCCCGUGACGAUUUUGGUCAAUUGAACCGGUCCGAGAUUCUCGCCAAACUUGACGCCCUCCUCGACUACUGUGCUGCCGACGUCGCCAUCACUCAUCGCGUCUAUCAAAUUGUUUUUCCCAAUUUUCUCGACACAUGUCCACACCCCGUGAGCUUUGCUGCUCUUCGUCAUCUCUCUUCCGUCAUCCUCCCCGUCAACAAGUCCUGGGACGCCUACAUUGCCAACACUGAAGCCACCUAUCACAGGCUUUCCGACGCUGUUCAAGAGCGUCUUGUUGCCUUGACGGACAAAGCUCUUGAAAUCAAAGACGAUCCUGAAAAAUGGCAAAAUGAUCCGUGGAUGAAGCAGCUCGACUGGUCCGGUCAGGAAGUUCGCAUGGUCAAGGGCAAGAAGAAGGGUGAUCCGCCUAGGCCUGCUGCCCGCCAGAAGAAGCCCGGCUGCCCGCAGUGGUACAAGGAUCUGUUUCAGAAGAAUGAUGCUCCCAUCAGCAUCACAGUACGGACUCGGAUUGCCCCGCUACUGCUAAGACUGGCUUGGGAUGGCAACCCUCUCGUUUGGUCCGAUAAGUACGGCUGGACUUUUCAGACGGACCGUUCUAAUACACAGAAAUACAUGGGCAAGCAAAUGCUGCAGUGCCAAUUUGAAGAAGCCGACGCUACGCUGCGCGACGACAGACAGCACGUUUAUUUUAAACUUCCGCACAAGGAUGGCCCUACCGCACGCUGCGCCAACCCUAUGGCCAAGGGCUAUCUUUCCUAUUUCGAGAAUGGAACCCUAUCUUCGGAAUACUCAUACGCCAAGGAAGCCCUUGAAAUGAAUGCCUCUUGCUCGUACUGGAUCAGCGCUCGCGACAGAAUCAUGUCGCAAAUGGUCGUCAAGAACCAAGACCUACCCAAUUCCAGCAAGGCUCCAGAAUCUGCUGAUGGUCUCGGCUUUAUCCUGCCGCAAAUUAUUCCCAUGGGAACCAUCACGAGACGAGCUGUCGAAAACACAUGGCUUACUGCCAGUAAUGCCAAGAAGAACCGGGUCGGCUCCGAACUCAAGGCCAUGGUGAGAGCCCCCGAAGGCUACAGCUUUGUUGGUGCAGAUGUGGACUCGCAAGAACUGUGGAUUGCCAGCCUCAUUGGUGACGCCACCUUUAAGCUUCAUGGAGGCAAUGCUGUCGGUUUCAUGACGCUUGAAGGCACCAAGGCAGCCGGAACCGACUUGCAUUCUCGCACUGCCUCGAUUCUCGGCAUCACCAGAAAUGACGCCAAGGUUUUCAACUAUGGUCGCAUUUACGGUGCUGGCCUGAAAUUCGCCGCUACACUGCUUCGUCAGUUCAACCCUGAACUGUCCGAGAAGCAAACUAUGGAAACAGCUUCCAAACUGUACGCUAGCACCAAGGGGACCAAGACAAACCGCAAGACGAUCUAUAAGCGGCCGUUCUGGCGCGGCGGUACUGAAUCUUUCGUCUUCAAUAAACUGGAAGAGUUUGCCGAGCAGGAGAGACCCCGUACCCCCGUACUCGGUGCUGGCAUUACAGAAGCCCUCAUGGGUCGCUUCGUCAGCAAGGGUGGUUAUCUGACCUCGCGCAUCAACUGGGCUAUCCAAUCCUCGGGCGUUGACUAUUUGCACCUUCUGAUAGUUUCGAUGGACUAUUUGGCUCGCCGCUUUAACAUUGACGCCCGUCUCGCUAUUACCGUUCAUGACGAAAUUCGCUAUCUCGUCAAGAACGAAGACAAAUAUCGCGCCGCCAUGGCUCUGCAAGUCGCCAAUGUGUGGACACGCGCCAUCUUUUCUCAGCAAGUCGGCAUUAAUGACUUGCCGCAGUCGUGCGCUUACUUUUCCGCCAUUGACAUUGACCACGUCCUCCGCAAGGAAGUCGACAUGGAGUGCAUCACACCAAGCCACCCUAACGCCAUUCCGCCCGGAGAGAGCCUCGACAUCAACACCCUUCUGAGCAAGGGCGACGCCGCCCGUCUAGAUCCGGCGAUUGUGCCCGACAGCACCUAUGCGCCCAAGCUCGACGGCAUCGCGUACACGCCUCGCGUGCCGGUGAUGCAGGCUAUUCAGGAGGCCGCAGGUGAUAGCGCGCCGUUUCUCAAGGCUCAGAUUGUCAGCGACGAUACCGAGCUGCGCGACAUCAUCAAGGAGCUUCGCAAAGAUGAGGCGCCAAAGGAGAAGCCAGUGAGCAAGCGUUCUCUCAAGUCGGUGCUGCCGUACCGCGCACAGCCGCAGCUCAUCCCCAUGGACGAGCCUAUAUCAGUGGCCGAGGCCAUGAGCAACUCAUACCGCAAUAAGCUCGACGCUAAGGGCAAGUGGACGUGGGCCAAAAACUCGACCAAAGGCUCCCGUCCGAGUUGGAGAGUUUGA